UAAUAUUACAUCAUGUUGUUUCUAACUCAGAUUUAUUUUGCCAAUUGCAAAUGGACGAUCAUGACGAGCCGGGACCUAUUGAUACAUCCGUGCUGACUGAGCAGCCACGGCAUAGAUCUACUUUGAUCAGAGAGGAGGGUUAUUUUCCUGUUCAAUUUACGGAGCAUGGCCGUAAAAAGAACAUAUGGCAGUGCGAGCAUCCUGCGAUGUUGGACUUACUGCGACGAGCAGGAUUUUAUUACGUUUCACGAUUGCGCCGCCUACAGCUCGAUCAGUCGUUAUUGGGAGCAUUAGUCGAGAUGUGGCGGCGGAAGACGCAGAGUUUCCAUUUGCGACACGGAGAGAUGAGUAUUACAUUGAUGGACGUCGCAGUUAUUACGGGACUCUGCGUCGAUGGUGGGGUUGUGACUGGAGGGGGAUCCUAUCAGUGGGCAGAGCUCUACGGAUUACUUCUCGCGGUGGUUCUGCAGGAUAUUAGGGGUAGUGAGAUCAAGAUCGACUGGUUAUAUCAGCAUUUCCAUGAUAUCCCCUUAGAUGCACCUCCCGCUAUUGUUCGAGCUACAGCGAGAGUAUAUAUUCUAUUUGAGAUAGAAUGUAGUUUAUUUCCAAAUCCAAGCGGGAAUAGGGUGCAUUUGAAAUGGUUGCCACAUCUAGAGGAUUUUGACCUUUGUGGUGAGUUGGCAUGGGGUGCAGCCGCGCUAGCUCAUCUUUAUCGCGCCCUAGGAAAUGCUUGCAUCAGGGGGAAGGUCGAGUGUUGUUGUUUUGGGACAUUAGUUCAGAUCUGGGCAUGGGACCACCUGCACAUUGGCCGCCCUGAGGUAGUAGGAGCGCAGCCUGAGCUUGUCGACAUGCCACUAGGGUGUCGGUGGAAUACCAGGCUGGCUUUUCGGGACAAUGUCAGGACUACUGACAUUGAGUUUUAUCGUGAUCAGCUGGAUCAGCAGUUAGAGUCUCAGAUUACAUGGAGGCCUUAUGACGACACAGUGUUAGAGACGCUCCCACUUUUUUGUCUGGCCGGGUCCCAGGUUUGGCGAUCGAGGUCUUUCUUAGUCUGCUUCCACAUUAUUGAGCUCCAUCAUCCCGAUCGUGUGCUUCGACAGUUUGGGCUAUUACAGCAUAUACCUGAAGCAGUGCUUGUCAUACCUCGCAUCAAUUCACGAGGCAGAGCAGAUAAGGAUUGGACGGCAUAUCAUGCUUCAUACAUUCAGCGUUGGAACAAUAGACUGGUAGAUAUAGCAGACGUGGCCCCUGGGACAGAUCCAGAUCCGAUACGAGCUACUACUGUUUACAUGCAGUAGUAUUGGACGAUCACCAGGAGGUGGAUAUCUACACCUGUACAGCGGCUACCACUCGCGUAUCAGCCACGUGGGCACGUCGAGAAAGUAUUGGUAUGAUUGUAAUAUAUAAUAUCUUUUUAUAUUUAGUUUUAUAUUUACAAGAAAGUUUCGUAUAAUCUUUUUGAUUGUGCUUUUAUUUCAGGUCGAUAUCGUGCAGAGAUCACAUUAUACGAUCAGACGUGUCCUACCAGAUAUUUCAGGAGGUAGAGUAUUAGAUGCCCUAUCACAGGUUGCCGAUCAGAUAGAAGCAGUUUUGGAGAGUUUACCUACGCUUCCACACUAUGUACCUCCAGGACCAGCAGACUAUGGUGGAGCAUCGACGUCCGACCAUGCACCAGUAUAUAGUCCACCGAAGCCAUCAUCACCUAUAGAGGAGCCACCUUAUGCUGAUGUUAUGGACCCGGCACGAGCACCAGUACCACAGGAUCCACCUCGAGCAGUUGAUAUUGUUUAUUAUAGGCGCCGACGACAUAUGAGGUCUAUCCGUACAGAUCAGCCCUCCUCUUCAGCUCCCCCAUGGCCAGACAUACUACCGACACCUACUACUGCUGUGAUUGAGCCGGUUAUUAAGGGUGCUGCUAUCGAGCAUCCUCAAUAACCGGUUAUCAAAAAUGAACUAUUGUGAAAAAUAUAUAUGAUUACUAUGAAAAUAUGACGAAGUAUUGAAAGGAAAGCACAUAUAUCGGUGUUGUAAUAUAUGGAAACCUUAGGUUGCGAUGUCAACUUUGAGCUAGAGGAU